AUGUCCGGCAAAGAAUUAACGUUGCAACAGCUAAAUGAUAAAGUUAGCGAGUUAUCGAUUAUCGUUGAAAAACAAUCAAAAAUAAUUGGUAGUACAGGACAGCAAUUACUUGACUUACAAAUUAAAAAUGUCAAGUCUGGAAUGAAUGAUAUUGAUUUGAAAUCAACUUCUCAACUAGCAAUUGAUACAAGUGAUUUCAUAACCAAUGAAGAUAUAAUACAAUUGGUUGGGGAAUUACAAGGUCAGCUUGAUUUUUUGGAAGAGAGAGGCAUUCGAAGAAACUUCAAUUCGAGAUUGAGCGAAACAACCCCAAGUAAAAUUAUAGCACCAAUAUCAAAUAAGGACGGAGAGUUUCCUAAUGAAGAGAUCUGGCCUACCAGAAUAGAAGACUUGUUGAAGAUAGAUAAGUUUGAUCUUGUAUUGCUUUGUGAAUUUUACGAAUUGGUGAUUCCCGUCUCACAACAAGAGGAUUUAAAAGAUUUUCUAAAAAAUGACGAUAUCGAUCCUAAUCAGGUAGAAAAAUUAUUGGCCAGCGCUAGUAAUGUCGGGGAGCAAGGUUUAAAAGAACGGGUCGACUCCUACGACGAUGGACAAAUCGAUGAUUUGUUUGACCAAUUAACAAGGUAUCUUGGGAUACCAAUUAGAAGAAAUAAAUAUACUUGGUAA